UCUGCGAGAGCUCGCGGAUUAAAGCCAUCUCUCUAGACACCCUCUCCUCUCUACCCUCUUAUAUAUCGUUGGCGCGGAAGCUUGCGGCGAGAGUGCUCCAACUCGCUCACGGUAGUCGGUGUGCCGCUGCUGCUGCUGCUGCUGCUGCUGCUGCAUCUUCGAGCUGCAACGCGCGUGCGCGCCUCGACGCUCCAAACAUGUAGCCUAGCGCGAGCCGAACAGCCGAGAGAGUCCCGACGAUAUCAGCGUGCGCAUUAUUAUGGUUUAUGCGUGUGCAUUUGUCAAGAACAAGGCGGGAUAACGCGAGCGAGAUGUUGCUACCGACGCUACCGUGGCCCGGCCGCAGCCUCGUCGACCGACAGCCGUGAAUGUUUCGGGUUGAAAAAAUAAUAAUAAUAUCGUCGUUGUAGUCGUCGCAGUCGUUGCGCCGUUCCUCUUUUUUUUCUGUUGGUGUCCUUAAAAGUGUGCACAAGGCAGCAGCGGUACAGCGAGGCUCCUCAACAGGCAGCUCGCGGGAGGUGGUGGUGGAAGAGGAAGCUAUACAGCGGAAGGGGAAGAAGAUACAGCGGGCAGCGACAACAAUAACACGGAGGAGCCGAGGACGCUGGUGGCAUGGCGCUGCUCGCUAAUCUCUGGCUGGUGCUUGCGCUAAGGCUGACGAGCACCGGCUUCUGCCAAGGAAAACAAGAUCGUGCCUCUACGAUAGGACCACAGCUGGAAUGCACGCUCGAAGGCUUGCAUCCACUGCUCAUCGUCACUUACAAGAACAUUACGAUAUUGGGAGAAAAAGUGACACUGGCACACGGCGAACGACUCGCCAUACGCUGUCGAGAACUCGGCAAGUACAAGCUCGUCGGUGAUUCAGUGCUUUAUUGUCGUAAUGGCUUGUGGAAUGGCCAAUUGCCAAUCUGCGAACCUACAACUGCUUUGUCCAAUUAUACUGAAGACGUGCCACCAACGAUACUCUACGGGCUUCCUGCGGGAUCGGCAACGGUCGAGCCCUCGGGUAAUUUGGCGGUUUUUCCCGGGAGCAUUCUGCAUUUAGAAUGCCUGUUCUCUAGGAAACUCGGCAAUCCCGAAUGGACUUGGACGUCUAAUUUUCGACAAUAUUUGACUGGAUGGGCGAUAGCGGCCUCGGAAAGAGACUGGAAGUAUCGAUUGUCGAUAUACUACGCGAAAGCUCAAGACUCCGGCAUCUACACUUGCACAACACCGAAGGGCCUAACGAACUAUCUUCGAGUGCGCGUAGUAGAUGUGCAUUGUAAAAUGUUAAAAACACCGGAGCCGCCAUUGAUCGCCAAAGUCGUGGGUCCACGCCUCGGCGAAGGAGCCACCUUCGAGUGUCCGCACGGCUACAGGCUCCUAGGCCCCUCGAGCAUUACGUGCCAAUACAAUGGUAAAUGGUCGGGUAGCGUGCCCCGCUGCGAAGCCAUCAUCUGCCCGGAGCUCCAGCCGACGAAUCCGAAUCUUCAGAUGUUGGAGCAGAAUAAUAGCUACGGCGGCAGGGCUAUAUUUACCUGCAUGUGGGGCAGCAAACUCAUCGGCUCCAACAGUCUCAAGUGCAAAGGUGACGGUAUCUGGAGCGGCCCGAUGCCCACAUGUUCCGAGAUUACCUGCCCGCCGCUGCAACCGCCCGAGCACGGUCGUUUUGCGGAGCUACAGCUGCAGCAGUAUCCGGGAUUAUCGUCCCAAGGCGGAGGCGGAGGCGGUAGAAAACGUGAGCGCAUUGUACAUCGAGUCGGCUCGCUGCUGCGCUUCGACUGUCAACCGGGCCAUCAGCUUAUCGGACAGGCUUCGAUUAUAUGCACGGAAAACGGCACUUGGUCGCACCAUCCGCCGAUUUGUGACGUAAGAUGUCCUUAUCCAGGCGACCCGCCUCACGGACUAAUAGCACCAUUGAAAUUCUGGUACAAAUCUGGCGACACUAUUCAAGUGACGUGCUCGCCCGGAUACGUAACGCCACUCGAGCCAGUACGCAAGCCAACCUGUCGUGAAAAUGGCAUUUGGAGUGGGCCGCCGCCACCCUGUCGUUCUUACAGAGAUGUAUGAUAAGUCAACUGUGACACAACAAUAACAACGUAUAUUUGUUUACAUUCAACAUAAAAAAAAAUAAAAAAAAAAAAAACAAAAAAAAACAAGGAAGAGGAGUGCGUGUUUGCAUGUAAAAAAAUUGUGUAACGAGAGGAAAAAAUGUAUGCUCCCAUCCCCCCAUGCGUACAUAGUGUACACGCGUAUGUAGGUGCGACUCAUGCGUGCACAUCAAGCUGGUCACACAAAAACGCAGAAAAGAAAUUAAUUACCGAAAAUGCAGUAGUCCAGACGAGGUAGCGCGUGAAAAACACAAGAGAAAGGAAAUUUCUCCAAACGAGCGAGCUUCAUUCCCUCUCCCACCCCAUGAAACACACAAAGCUUCUCAAAAACUAUACAUUGUACAUAGAGUUCUUUUUGCAGUUGCACACCGUGGCGUGAGAAUUUUUUGACCAUCAACCUCCCUCCGUUAAACCUCUUUGAGAGCUUGCGAGCGCGCACUCGACGCCUGCGAACACGAGUGAAAAAUAUGCCCUUCAUAUCUCUGGCUCGCUUUUCCCGACGAUAAUUAUAUUUUGUUUGUUGCUGCUGCUGCCUCGCGCAACGCACGCACGCACACGCGGCGCGCAAAUAUUUUUGCCUUCGCAAGCUCUGUUGUUAUAUAACAUACGCGCAGCCCAUACAUCUAGCUGCGUGUACGCAGGGGCGAGAGGCUGUAGUAGUGCACAUAAACGAAUAAAACGGCUACGUGCGCGCUCUCAGACACACGCAGACACGCGCGCGUACGCGAGAGCGCAGUGUUUUUGGCAGUUUCAGGUCAACGACACACUCGCAGCGAACGAGAUAUAGAAAAUAGAACGCAACGCGCGCGCGCCUCGCCUCGCCGUGCAGGUUUGUGCUUUUGAAGCGCCGCACCGAUACUCGCGCGCAAAUAAUUUAAAGAAAAGAAAAUAAGUACAAUACACAAUCUCGCAGUGCUCGUGCAUAAAUAAGUGCCAUAAUUCAAAUCGAGGACAACCAACGAUGCCAUUGAUAUUUCACGUGGACGCCGAAAGUGUAUGCAACUAUAUAAGUUGUUUCUACGAUACGAGCGGGAGAAAGUAGGUCUCGUCGCGGCCCCGCCAUGUGCGCAUAUUUAUUUACGCGUUUAUCUCGGCGACGUUUGCAUUACUUGUAAAACUUUUGGUUUUGCACGGCGCUAUCGGUUCCGUGGAUACGGAGAGCUGCUCGUAAUUCACGCGGGCGAAAAAAAUAAUAAAGCACGUGGGCUGCGCGCGGCCCGAGAAUAUCGAUCAAUUUUUAAUUAAAAAAAUCUCUCGCUUCGCACGAAGCUAGGUAGGUAUAGGUGGGCACGCGUUAUGCGAGAGAGUACACAAAGAAUUUUUUUCUCCCGCACCCCCUUCGUACUGCUGCUCCUGAAUCGCGAUAAAGCUUAAAUUGAUUUAUCGUGCUUAACGGCGAAAAAAACAGCGCGCCGCUGCAGCGACAAGGAAGCAUACCAGCGAAAUCGAUGUUGCCCGUGCACAAAACGCAAAUAUCUCUCUGGAUUUCCUGAACUAACUUGUAAUGAAAAAAAAAGAGGGAGAGAGAGAGAGAGAAAGAGAGAGCAAAAGCACAAAUCACUCGAUAAAUACAUGCUAGCACGUAUUUGUAAAGUAUGUUAAGCAUUCGGAAGGGACGCGAGUAAAAACGUACGGAUUGCCGUGUGCCACACGUGCGUAUAUAGUUAUGCUGUCCCCGUCGUGUACUAUACGCUACAGAAAUAGUUUCGCUGCGUCGGCUGAAAAGCUCGUUUCAACGUAUAUACUCUUUUUUCACCAUUGGCUCAUGUCGGUACUCGCUCGCACGCACGCAAGGCAGAGCGCGGCAACACGCUAAUUGUAUUUCAUUAUUCGAGGCCGCGUAAUUAAUUUUAAAAGCUCGUGCAAACUGCAGCCGGGCGUCUGAGAGAGUUGAAUUUCAAAGGGUAAUUAACGAUAGAGUUAAAAACGCAUCGGCGCGAUUCGUCGCGAAAGCAACGAGUUCCACGGGGGAAUGUGCUUAUUUAAGCCUUAUAUAUGUUUGCGACACGCUUCGCUCUCGCGACUUUUUAUGUAUUUAAAAUUUUAGAAUUUGGAACAUAUUUAAUACAAUUAAAUGCGGGAUGUAACAGGGACAUCUUCUGCAAUUAAAAAUGGUUCACAAAGCUUUGUGAAGACCAUGAAGGCUGACGGAAGGUUUUGUUCUUCUACUUACGGGAUUCUUUGCCCGAACGCUUUUUUCUCUCCCUGCCCCUGAAGCGAGUCAAUCUCUCUCUCUCUCUCUCUCACUCAGCACAUGCGGAGAGUUUUAAAACUUGACGACGAAUUGGGUCAAACUUUCCUUUUGAAAUCUUACUCUUUUUCUCUUCUCCGGACUCCGGACUUCAAAGUGCAUUAUGCAUUAUUUUAAUUACUCACUUUAACGGUGCUUUUUUGCGGCUUUUAUCACAAAAGUUUCUACGCAGCAGCCUCCCUGUCUUUCUUCGACCCAAAGCGCAAAGCGAUUCCAAGUUUUGCUUUGGCGUGUACAUAAGCAUUCAUUCACUUUUACUUCAAUUAUAUAUCACACAGCUCUCUACCACUGGCACGCAUCAGAAGCUCUCGCACCUCGCUCGAGUCGCGCGCAGCUGUGAAACGGCUCAGCUGCAGCAGUGGAGGGGAGGGGGAAAAAAUUACUUUCUCGGAAAAGUACGCGUCGAAGCAUGCGACGAGGAAUUUUUUGCUCUACAAACAGACGCUCGCAGACGUAACGUUGCGUAUGCAUGUAAAAUGCGCCCAAUGAAACGCGGCUAUGAACAGCAAGUACUAAUCAAGCUCUUCCUACUUUCAUCUCCCUGGGGCUAUUUUUGCAGUCCGUACGCGUGUAAAUAUUAAUUCCUGGUGCUUGGAUAGUAUGGAGCGCGCAACUGCGUGUACACCUUUAUGCGGUAUAACAACUGGGUGGGUAGAAAUGCAGAAGCUGAGCUAACUCAUUAAGAGUAUUAUCAUUUUAGAGAGCAUAUGUGUGGAUGUAAAUUCGUGCACGCGCCGACAUAUGUAUAACGACGAUGAACCAUAUUAAUGUUCACCUCCUCCUUCUCCUCAUUUCCUCUCUCUCUCCCACCCCUACUCUUCAUUUUGCGUUUGUGUGAAACUAAUGAGUCUGCACACUACAGAGGUGUGUAUACGUGUAUUUGUAUAAAUAUCAUAUUAUAAUAAAUGUAUAUCUUGAGAAUUACGAUCCCCCGAGCGUGCAUGCGUGUGCGCGCGUUUGAAUGAAAUUAUGUAACAGAGAUAUUGAUUAAUAAUGUGAACCGUCGAUUUUAAUAUGGAGAGCUAGAAAUCGUCGGUUAAUUAAGAAGAGCUAAUUAAAUAUGUUAUUGGGAAUGGAGAAUCAAAAGACGUCAAAUUCAGUACAUAAAUGUGAAAAAUGCCUAUGAUAUAGAAUAUAGUGAUCAAGAAGUGAUUUACUUAUAGUAAUUUUAAAUUAAAAAGAAAUGCCGAUGAUUACCGUAUAGAAGCUAGAUUAUAGAAUAGUACUGAUUUUCUAAAUCUUCAAGUAUUAUUUGUGUAUAUUAUAACUGUAUAAAAUGAUCUUACGCCAAUUAAUAUUUGAAAACUUCGAAUGUCGAAAGUAUUUUAAAAAUUCAUUUCUUUCAUAUUGAUUCACAAUAAAGUAUCGUUUAUU